AAAUAUACUGAUAAGAUGAUAACAUUCGUUCGUCGUAUGGUAAACAGCUCACACAAUUCAAUAUUGGGGUUAGAUUAUCAGGCAGAUUCUGUUGCACUAUUAAUUUAUCACACUAGGAUGUUUAUACCGAGACUAGCAAAGUAUAAUCCUGUGAUAAGGCAGGCGUCGCGUUUGCUUUCCACACAACAGACUAGUAUUGGGCCGGUGGUGUUCCAUAAGCUGAGCGGCGCAGACCACGGCGUCGCCGUCUAUGGCCUCAACAGCCCCAAAGAGAGGAAUGCUCUGGGAUUCGACUUGCUCAAAGCCAUGAAAGAAGUUCACCAAAUGAUUAGAGAAGAUUCUGAAAUCUCUGUCGUUAUUUUACACAGUCUUGUGCCGGGCAUAUUCUGUGCCGGAGCCAACCUAAAGGAGAGGUUCCAAAUGUCCAAUGACGAAGUUGCAAAAUUCGUGAGAGGCCUGCGUGGCACUUUCAUAGAAAUUGAAGACCUUCCCAUGCCUACAAUUGCUGCUAUAGAAGGUGUAGCUGUUGGUGGUGGUCUGGAACUGGCCCUGGCCUGUGACUUGCGGAUCGCAGCUCACACGGCAAAGCUGGGGCUGGUGGAGACGGGCCGCGGCCUCAUCCCUGGGGCCGGGGGCACUCAGCGACUGCCCAGGGCUCUCCAUGUCAAUAUUGCCAAGGAAUUGAUAUUCACAUCUAGAGUUAUUAAUGGUGAUAAAGCAUUUUCAUUGGGAUUGGUGAACUACAGUGUCACACAAAACAGUGUUAAUAAUGCAGCCUUUGAAAAAGCAUUGAGUAUAGCUCGAGAGAUUAUCCCAAAUGCCCCCAUCGCCCUGAGGUGUGCCAAACAGGCAGUCAACGAGGGACUGCAGCUGAGCCUUAAAGAGGGAUAUGAUGUGGAGCAGAAGUACUAUGAGAUCAAUAUCCCCACCAAAGACAGGCAAGAGGGCAUGAUAUCCUUCUUGGAGAAACGGAAACCAAAAUACCAGGGACACUGACUGCCUGCUGAUAACUCAUACAUUUACUGAUAAUUGUUAAGGUUGUUAAAUUGUUGAUAUUAUUGUAAAAAAACUUGCCAGAUUGCUAUAUUUUUUAUGUUUUUAUUACAUUUGAUGAAACAAA